ACAGAGCUUGAUGUUAAGUCUUUUCAUGAAAGAGUGAUCUAUGCAUCCCCAUUUUCAUUUCCAUUUUCUUUCCUCUCGCUCUCUGAGUCUCCUCUGACUUCAGGAUUUGAAAUCUGUGUAGGAACCAUCACUUCACAGUUCACCAACUCACCCCUUGCCUCCCUUCCAACCCUCGAUUUUUCUUGUUCCUGCCUAGGAACUACCAUAGUAUUGUUGGUACCUUCUACAUGCCAGACCAUGUGUUCAUGCUUCUUGGGACACUAUCUUAUUGGAUCCUCAACAAACCUACAAGAUGGAGACCACUUCCAACUUGCUACAGACAGGAGGAUGCUCAUAAACAUGGUCACACAGCAGAAAGAGUGGUUGAUAUCACAGCAAAUCCCACAGUUUGAAGAUGUUAAAUUUGAAGCCGCAAGUCUUUUGUCUGAAUUAUACUGUCAAGAGAAUUCUGUUGAUGCAGCAAAACCACUACUGCGGAAAGCGAUCCAGAUCUCACAGCAGACCCCAUACUGGCACUGCCGCCUGCUCUUCCAGCUCGCUCAACUGCACACGCUCGAAAAGGACCUGGUGUCUGCCUGUGACCUCCUAGGUGUGGGAGCCGAGUAUGCACGGGUAGUGGGAUCCGAGUAUACACGGGCUCUGUUCCUGCUCAGCAAAGGGAUGCUGCUGCUGAUGGAGCGCAAGUUGCAGGAAGUCCACCCGUUGCUGACCCUCUGUGGACAGAUUGUUGAGAACUGGCAGGGAAAUCCCAUCCAAAAGGAGUCUUUACGUGUCUUCUUCUUGGUGCUCCAGGUGACACACUACCUGGAUGCAGGGCAGGUGAAGAGUGUGAAGCCAUGCCUGAAGCAGCUGCAACAGUGCAUUCAGACCAUCUCCACACUGCAUGACGAUGAGAUCUUGCCCAGCAACCCCGCCGAUCUCUUUCACUGGCUGCCCAAGGAGCACAUGUGUGUGCUUGUCUAUCUGGUAACUGUGAUGCACUCCAUGCAGGCUGGCUACCUGGAGAAGGCACAGAAAUACACAGACAAGGCACUUAUGCAGCUGGAGAAGCUCAAGAUGCUCGACUGCAGCCCCAUCCUAUCCUCCUUCCAAGUGAUCCUGCUCGAGCACAUCAUCAUGUGCAGGCUCGUCACAGGACACAAGGCCACUGCACUACAGGAGAUCUCCCAGGUUUGCCAGCUGUGCCAACAAUCGCCCCGGCUCUUCUCCAACCACGCAGCACAGCUGCACACGCUGCUGGGCCUGUACUGUGUCUCCGUCAACUGCAUGGACAACGCAGAAGCCCAGUUCACCACAGCCCUGCGGCUUACCAACCACCAGGAGCUGUGGGCCUUCAUUGUGACCAACCUGGCGAGUGUGUAUAUACGGGAAGGAAAUAGACACCAAGAGCUCUACAGCUUAUUGGAGAGGAUCAAUCCAGACCACAGCUUCCCUGUCAGCUCUCACUGUCUUCGAGCAGCGGCUUUCUACGUGCGCGGGCUCUUCUCCUUCUUCCAGGGACGCUACAACGAGGCCAAGCGAUUUCUUCGAGAAACUCUGAAGAUGUCCAAUGCGGAGGACUUGAACCGGCUCACAGCCUGUUCUCUGGUGCUUUUGGGCCACAUUUUCUACGUGUUGGGGAACCACAGGGAGAGUAACAACAUGGUGGUGCCCGCCAUGCAGCUGGCCAGCAAGAUCCCGGACAUGUCGGUGCAGUUGUGGUCAUCAGCCCUGCUGAGAGACCUGAACAAGGCCUGCGGGAACGCCAUGGAUGCCCACGAAGCCGCCCAGAUGCACCAGAACUUCUCUCAGCAGCUGCUCCAGGACCACAUCGAGGCCUGCAGCCUCCCUGAGCAUAACCUUAUCACGUGGACAGAUGGCCCACCACCCGUGCAGUUCCAAGCUCAGAAUGGACCCAACACCAGCCUGGCCAGCCUCCUGUGAGACCCCUGGAGGGGACCACCCAGCUUCUCAAGGCCUCUGUGGGGCCUACUAUGUUUCUGACUUCCACCCAGAUGGCACUUGUGCUUUCCUCGGAGGCAUGCUGGCAUGGUGUCCCCGGGCUUCUAUCCCAACUGUCUCCAGAGCUUCCAAGUCCCCAGGGAGUGUGCAGGGCCAAUUGUUACCCUCCCAGGAAGGGAUGGCCAGCUUUACCGCUGUGAAUCAGGACCCCGGUGCUGAGGCUUGCAGGUGGAAUGUUGGAGCCGACUUUCCAGAGCCAUCCUUUAAAGUGGACUUGAACUGCCAAUCCUACUACAAGUCUGAAUCACGCCUUCUGGACCGUAUCUGGACAGGGAGUGCUGGGGUGGGCAGCACCACUGGGGAAUUGCCACGUGACUUCCAUCGUCUGGACUUCUGUGCCAGGUUGGAGUGUUUCCUCUGCUGUCAUGGCAGCUUCCAGAGCUCAGAGGCAAGAUACCAGUUUCUGGCCCAAAAUUGGAAGGAAGAAGUGAUGACGCACAUCAGGGACAAAAAUGUGUGUCCUGCUACAACACUUUUCCCAGCUUGCCUUUCUCUCCAGCGUCCAUCCUUCUGACAGCUAGGGCCUCUAGUUAGGGUCCCUGGGGACCCAGGAACUCGCCUUCCAAACGUCUGUACCUUGGUUGGAUCAUUAUCUGGCCGUGAGGGUGCACAUGCUGUAGACAUGGGUGUGCAUGUGUGUGCAUAUGCUAUAGAUACAGGUAUAUGUGUGUGUACUUGUAGACAUGGGUGUACAUGGGUGUGUGUGUGUGUGCUGUAGACACAGGUACGCAUGUGUGGUAAUUCUCAGAGCUGAGACUCCUGUGUUUGCACCAAUUGCCUUUCCCCAUCAGUUUCUAUAUUGUGGGGUAGGAAGCAGGGGGUAGGGGAGAGGACCCUCCUCAGCCCAACUCAGGGUGCUGAAUGAAGGGGCUAGGGCAGUUCUGCGGCAUGUUUGCAGAGGAUAUUUGCAGGCAUCUGGAGCUCAGCCAACCCUGCCCUUGUGAGGGAGGAGGAGGAGACCUACACUUCCUUGGGUCUUGGGACAGCGUUGAAACCUCUUCCCAAGCUGGAGCCCCACCCCCACCCCCAGAAGGUUCUGCCUGGCCCAGACAGUGUGUUUAGUUCUGUGCUCCUCUUGGAUAGUCUAGGAGAUUCCCCAGUGGUGAUGGUGGGACUGGGGGCAGUUGAAGCAGCUGCCCCCUCCAGCUUCUGGCACCUGGGAGCAGCUCCCUAAUGGGGUGGUGAGUGGUCUGGUCAGGGUGGCUUAUUGGCUUGAGUCUCAUUCCCCUUGUACUGUGAAGGUUGCUUCUUGAAACCUCUGUCUAAGAUGGAAGGAACAUUGGUAUCUGGUAUCACUCAGGUAGCUACUUAGGCACAGAGCCUGGGUGUGCCUUAGCCAUAAGCCAGACUGUCACCAGAUCACUUGGCACUGGGGCACUUCUCUUACCAGGCCUGUGGCAGUGCCCUGCUGCCCAUUUGGGGGCCAGUGACAGGUGUGCAGGUGAGCCACCAGUCAGAGGGGCAGGCCAGCCAGCGCUUGUUGUAAGAGGACCCACCAUCCCUGUCACCCAGGAGGACCUGGCCCUGUCCUGUGCUGCCCAGGGUUGCUCCUUCUGCUGACACACCUGAGCCUGUGAGGCCUGUGGAGGAAGGUGUAAGCCCAGCCACAAGCUGUCCCCGUUCUGUCUUCCUCCUCCAUCAAGGGCCUUCUUCCACCCAAGGGAUGGAGCUGUGCCUACCAUCCUGGAUCCCACGCUGUCUAACCUCUCCAUACCCAUGUUCAAUUGCGCUGCACAUGUUUGUCUCUGUGUAUUUAUUUAAGCCUUUCUUUGCUUCUAGGGCAUUUUGUAUGUAGAGAAGUUGAAAUGAGAACCUCAAAACGUAAUGUCUGCCCUGAUGUUAAAGUGCUUUUAGUGACCACUCUGUUAUCUAUGUAUGUGUAAGGUUAAGGAUAAGUUCUUAAGUUUACAAUUAAAAAUUCAGUACUCGAUAUUUAAUAUUCCACUCUAGCUUUAUGGAAUCCAAACUGUGUGUAUGGUUUUGAACCUCCCCUUUACUACAGCAUCUACCAAUUACAUCAGGCUGUCAUACAUAUCUUUCUGUGAGUCCACAUUCAGUGCCUCACAAUUUCUCACUCAAUCAUAAGAAUUUAACAGCAAACAAGACACCAGGGAGAUGUUACACAAGUGUCAUAUAGCUAAGAGUUUAGAAAAAAAGCAGAUAAAAACUCCAAACUCUUCAACUUACAGGGCACGUAGUAGUAACAAAAGGAUUCUUGUUGACAGGUCAAUUGCUGAAAAUUAAUUAGACCCCUCAUGUGCUCUGCCCACCUCUUCCUGUUAGCAGAAGUGGCCCUGGGCCUGCAGGUCUGGAGUGCUAGUCCUGGAGGUGCCCCCGGUUUCCAUGAAAACAGCUGCCUCCUCCUGCAGGUAGCCAUGGGCAUGGUGAGGGUCCUUUCCCUGGGGUAAGUACUCCCUAUUCUACUUACUGGGAGCACAGGCAAGGAAAUUGAGUAAGGUCUGCCUGGAACAGUGGAUAUGCUUGUGGUUGCAUUGUUUGUUUUGUUAAAGGGUUUUUAAUAAGUAUGUUUGGCAUAAUGUCUUUUAACGGGUCUGUAAUAAUGGUUUUAGCAGCCUGUAACUUCAGCUGGUGCUUUUAAUCAGAAAAACAAAUUUAUAAAUGCAAAACAUUGUUUAAAAGACAUAACCAUAGAAUAUAGUUUCUUGUUUGUGGAUUUCUUUUUCUUUGUAUUCAAAGUAAAAUCACUUGGAGUAGCUAUUGCUUGCUGUGUC